UUGUGAUUGUUCUCGGCAGAGGAACCUUCACGGCCUGUUCUUCACGAGGGAAUAACACCUCGGAGACUCGACACACAGAACCCUUGCCCUGUUUGGUAGAUCGUCCGGAUACUGUCCCUGGUCCGGAAGCCGUGAAGCAGCGCACAGGGAGGAGAAUAUGGAGAGAAGAGCGUGAUGAAGAGAGUAGCCUUGCUCGCCUGAGGGACGGGCUGUGAUGUUGUCUUGGUGACGAGAAUAAAAUGCUGAUGAUUUGAUGAAAAUGAUGUUAUGAUGGGUGAUCGUGUUAUUGACAUCAAUGUUGCCACAGUGGAGGAACUGGAGACCCUUGUGGGUGUGGGCCGAGCCAAGGCUGAGGCCAUUGUUGCCACACGAAGUUCAAUGGUAGAGUUCCGGAGUGUGGAUGACCUGCUACUUGUUCCGGGCAUUGGGAGAAGUCUUAUUGAGCAGAACCGAGGAUUGCUGGUAUGCAGCACCCCAGGUGGAGCUCCAGUCACUAGACACAGUGCAUCACGCAGAAGUUUACGGCGUAUGUCCCACGAUGUCAGACAAAAGGGUGACAAUGGAAAGUCUGAGGAGACGUCCCAGGAGGUGACAGGAAACCUCACCAACUGUGCCUCAAUCCAGGCUGUGAAACCCUCUAGGGUAUCUUCUAGGGACCACUCUAGUACUGUGGAACAAUCUAGCGAGACUCGGUGUAGAAGUGAAGCAAGGGUGAAAGAUGUAGCAAAGAAUGACAGUAGUGAGGAUAGAAAUAAAGAAGAGACGAGGAAAAAGGGAGAUGUGGACAGUAGACGGCAAGGCCAGGAAGAAAGUGCAAAUGACAAUGUCGUAUGCUAUAUUGAAGAAGAGGAGAAGGGUGAUGGUGAGAAGGAAGAGGAGGAGGAGAGCAAUGUGAAGGAUGUGGUAGAAAAUGAGGUGGAAGACAAUAAAGAUGAGGUUAAUAGUGCUGGGGCGGACGAAGAUGAGGAGGAGGAGGAUGAGGAUGAGGAUGACUAUGAGGAAGAGGAGGAGGAGGAAGAGGAAGAAAUCAUGAGUAGUGAUGACUUAGUGAACACUGGGACUGUUGAAAAAUCAAACAGUGUUGAGAGAGAAGUGUUCAAUACCAGUAAUGGUAGAAGUGAUCGUACUUGUAGUGUAGUGGGUGGCCUAGGAACAGACACUCCCCAUGAGGAUGCUCCACCAGAAAUUCCCCUCGAUAUUGAUGCCUUAUCCUCACAGCAGUUGACUGAUGGUGAUGAAUCUGAGGAAGAAGACCUGGAUGGGGAGGACGUGGAUGUGGAGGGAGAGCAUGAGGAAGGGCACAUGGAUGAAGAUGGGGCAGAUGACUAUAGUGAUGACUGUAUGACUGUGGACCCACCUUCGUCUCCUCAUACGGAUAAAAAACAGGUUAAACGGAAAUCUGAAGUUUGUUCUGACUCCAAAGGAGUUUGUCCUGUAAAGAAAUCUUGUAAAGCUGUGGAGGACAGCGGUGAAAGCAGUCGCAGAAAAGUUUGUGCAUUGGCAGCUCGCAAGGUGUCUCCCCCAGCGGGCCUUAAGUCAUGGUUGGCUAAAUACCAGACUUGGUCACCUGCACAAAAGCUUCAUGCUUUAGAUUCGUUAAUAGAUGUUUGUGAUCUGAACCAAGUAAGGCACAUCCAUGAAAUCAUCCUCCCGCAGUUUCAGCGAGAUUUCAUUUCUCUAUUGCCAAAGGAGUUGGCUCUCUAUGUCCUUAGCUUCCUGCCCCCAAAAGAUCUCUUAAGAGCAGCCCAGACUUGUAAAUAUUGGAACAUCCUGGCUGCGGACAACCUUCUUUGGAGAGAAAAGUGUCGUGAGGCUGGAAUUGAGGAUCAUGUUGUUUUUAUGGAUCGUAGACGGAAAAAGGGUACAAGUGUGAGCCAUGUAUCACCAUUUAAGGCGGCAUUUAUGCGACAACAUAGGAUAGAAACUAAUUGGCGUGUAGCUAAGCUACGGUCACCACGGGUAUUGAAAGGCCAUGACGACCAUGUCAUCACAUGCCUACAAUUUUGCGGAAAUAUAAUUGUAUCAGGUUCAGAUGAUAACACACUGAAAGUAUGGAAUGCAACAUCUGGGAAGUGUAUGAGAACAUUGACUGGGCACACUGGAGGUGUUUGGUCAUCUCAGAUGUCUGGUAGUCGUAUAGUGAGUGGUAGUACAGACCGAACCCUUCGUGUUUGGAAUGCUGAGACGGGGGAAUGUAUACAUACAUUGUAUGGCCAUACAUCCACAGUCAGAUGUCUCCAUCUACAUGCCAAUAAAGUCGUCAGUGGGUCUCGGGAUGCUACUUUAAGAGUUUGGGACGUGGUAACAGGAGCUUGUGAACAUGUUCUUGUGGGCCACGUGGCAGCUGUGAGAUGUGUUCAGUACAAUGGGAGGCUAGUAGUUUCAGGGGCAUAUGACUACAUGGUCAAAGUAUGGAACCCUGAUCGAGAAGAAUGUUUGUAUACUCUACAGGGACACACAAAUCGAGUUUACUCUUUACAGUUUGACGGGUUACAUGUGGUUAGCGGGUCCUUGGACACAAGUAUCAGAGUGUGGGACGUUGAGACAGGACAGUGUAGACACACGCUAAUGGGCCACCAAAGUCUAACCUCGGGGAUGGAGCUCAAAAACAACAUACUCAUAUCGGGAAAUGCAGAUUCGACGGUUAAAGUUUGGGAUAUUGUCACUGGGCAGUGUCUUCAAACUCUCUCAGGUCCUAAUAAGCAUCGGUCAGCAGUUACGUGUCUUCAGUUCAACAACAAAUUUGUGGUAACGUCUUCAGAUGAUGGAACAGUGAAGCUAUGGGAUGUCCGCACUGGAGAUUUUCUAAGAAACUUAGUGGCUCUAGAGUCGGGUGGAUCGGGGGGAGUGGUGUGGCGCAUAAGAGCUUCAGAUACAAAGCUAGUAUGUGCAGUUGGCAGCCGGAAUGGGACGGAAGAGACUAAGCUGUUAGUAUUGGAUUUUGAUGUGUAUGACAAGUGAUACAUGGGCAUAUUAGUUAAUGAAAACUAUGUCCUGUCCAUGUAUACU